AAAUAUUUAGUCCAUGCUGCUGUGAUCAAAAUUGACAGGUUCAUUAAAAUUAGAUUAGAUGUCUAGAGACUAGCAAUAGAAUUCCUUUUGGACCGUAAAGUGCAAAAUUUACAUAUGAUCAGUUUGAAAAGAAUGCCGUGGAGCAAUGUUCGCAUAUUUCUAAAGCUCGCCUCCCAGCGAUGCCAGCUCUUAAGUGUGGGCUCCAAACAGGAGGCUUCUGCUGGACACCGAUCCGGAUCCUUUGAAUCGGACGUGCUGGCGAGUACUUCGAAUGCUAGGCACUUGGAGUGCCUGUUCGCCAAGUGGAUGAGGGACAAUAGCUCGGUCAAUGGAACCUGGCAGAAUUUCUUUAAGGGAAUGGUUAAGGAACAAAUAGAGUCGCAACCGUCUCCCAGCCCUGACGGGAACCAAAAAGCUGGAGGAGAUGUUCUUCCCUCGAUAGGAACCACUUUGCCAACAGCUGCAGCGAUUGUGGCUCCAGUUCUGGGAAGGAGUACACCAGUCUCCUAUUCGGCAUUGGACACUUCGGAAGGGGACUCCAGCAGUUGCGUGGCUCAGUCUCAAAAGCAGGACAUCGGAGUGCUUUCACACUCAUCGGAAAUCAGGACUUCUGGGAUAUACGACAUGGAGAAAUUGCCCACAUUACCCAAGAAAGGGUGUUCAACAAACGGAUCAAAAGUGGGCAGCAAAGCUCAUGGGCCGGUUUUAACCGGGAUUCAAGUGGCACACAACAUUUCUAGCAACUUGAACAGAAAAAUGUCACAGAAAAAGCCUCCAGAGAAGCCAGAAAAACCAAAUAGGGAUAAAGAAAUCCUGACGGGUUCCAGAAGAACCGGAAACUCACGCAACAACUUUCAAAAGAAAUUCGGCUCAUUCGAAACUUUUAUGAAAUUUUGGAAACACGCACAUGCAGUGGAUAAGUACAAGCGCCACGAUGGCCCUGUAAUGGUUGUGAAAAAGCGUUCAAAAGCUAAUGCAAAGCCAACGAACGUAAUGUACUUUAAACAUUAUUACGAAAAAGGUGCUAGCCGAAGAAAGGGAAAGUUUAAUAAAACCAAAACCAAUAAAGAAGAGAAAACGCCUUCAAAAACGGAUAAAGAUAGCACCAAUAAGAAACCCGGGGCUUGGGAAGCCAUUGAAACCCCCAACAAAUCAGCUCAGAACCCUCAAUCAGAUCCGGAAACCAUGCAUGCUUCAAAACACAACGGCAAUACGUAUAAGACCCUUGAAGAACUGAUCAACGAUAUCGACGCCACCGCCUUAAAUGAUAACUUGACCGCAACGACUGAGCAGGAGAAAACCCAGAAAGUCAUUAAAACACCCAAACUGUUAAAAAAUACUCCUAAAAAGAAGCCAAAAGAUUUCAAAACGGCACUAAGGGUUUUUAAACCCGAAGAGAGGGGUAUCCCAAAACCAAAUGUUAAGCCGAGCUCGAAUUUCAAACCCAAGGCUUUUUCCAAGUCGAGGAAAACGAAAUUAAAUAAACCGAAAGCUGAAAAAUUCAUUCCUUUGAGGGUGUUCAAUGGCCCAAAGGUAGAUGAAGAUAAAUCGUGGAUAUAUUGGGAUGAGUUAGCAGUGAAAAGUCUCCGCAAACCAAGUCAAGAUACAGAGUCAAGCACUUUAAAACCAAAAAGCGGUAAUGAUUUAAAUUCCUCAAAAAUCACUCAGCCUCCAAAACCCGAGAAAUAAGAUGGGCAACCUCUCGAUCCCUCGAAACAAAACUGACCGAUCGAAUCUCAGCAUGUCUUGCCAGAAGUGGUUCACCACUACCAAUUUGAGUUGAACUCAGAAGUUUCUCGGCCUUCGGUUGGAAGGGUUCCUAAGCACAAAAUUCAAAAUUUUACAGGUAUUUCGGUAGACUCUUGUAGAAGAUGAA